AUGCACCAGGAAGGAUCGACGCCGACUGGUGAACUGCUUGUGGUGACGAUGUAUGCAGAGGGCGAGGUAGGCGGUUGCGCUUCCGUCCUGCUUCCGUCGCCAAGCGGCUACUGUUCGCUGCUUCUGUUUUGCGCUGGCGAGGUCGUGCACAGGAAGGGAGGAAGGUUGGUCGUGCGUUCUUGGUCGCCGCUGUUGGUUGAACGCGUUAGAGGAAAGGGAAGCUGA